AUGGCGAACUCACCUCUUAAACGGCGACGCUCUCCUUCUGUACCUGAAGUCUCAAGUCUUGACAUGUGGAAAUGGACAUUGACGAACGACGCGAUCGCGCCGUGUUUCGUUCAGGAUGUUCUACUGAUGCGAGAAUGUCAGCCACAGAAGGAUGUGGAUUACUUCUGGUUGGGACGUGUCCCAUGUCGGACGGCCAUGAUCGCUGGGAUUGUAGUCGGCGUAAAUGUCUUCGAGAAGAGGACCGUGUACACAGGUACAGCUCGUCUUCUACUCGUUGUCUGGCACUCAUUGGUCAAAGUGGAUGAUGGCACAGGUGUCGUCGACUGUUCUCAUCGGGCUGUUGGUCCUCGUGCCCCUAAUCCGUCGGUUAAACCAAGCGCUUCCUCGCAAAAGCUCAAGCUCAAGCACCCGCCAUCUCAGGUGACCAAGGAUAUACCAAACCCAUCAUAUUCACUAUUUGCGUUCAAACCUCUAUGCUCAACCAACACCACCGACGAUCCAUUCAUCAACGUACCGCCGACCUUGGCUAAAUACCAACCAGCCACACUCCCUAAACGCAUAUCUGUGGGGGCUUUUGUUCGAGUUCACGGGCGCGUCAGCAAGCUGCAUCGUGGUCGCCAAAUAGUCGUCCAGGACAUUGAAGCGGUCUCCGCAAACCACGAAAUACUUCAUCGGAACACGGUGCGCAUGCUUCAUCGUACUCGAUACAACCCUAGUCUGGGGCCAUUCAUCCCUCCUAUUGUCGACGCCGCGACGCCGAGCAAGCUACCGACCACUCCCACUCGACCACGGUUCCCGAAUCGGACUGCCGACGCUGACGCCUCACCGUCCACGCCCAAGCAGAAGUCGAGGCAGCGCCAGACCCCGGUGAAAUCCAAUGCUACGGAGUCGUCGUAUCUCUCAGGGACAGAAUGUUCGGAAUCAGAGUACAGCGAAUGUAGUCCCAGAAAGACCCAGAAGAUGCCUGUAGCCAGCUUGAAACUGCGCCACCCAUCGCGGGCUCACUCGCGAGACCUCACAGCAAAUACUUUCAAGAUAUAUCUCAAGUACUACAUGGACGAGCUCGAUAAUAUCUCGCACUCGGCAUUUUUCCAAGAUGUGAAUACACUUCGCAAGCAUGCUGUAUUACCCCCUACAUGGGGUGAAGAAACGCCGAGGCCGUCGAAGAUACAGCCCCGCACGAUGCUUGCACAAGACAGAAGAUCAAACCCCAACGGCGACUUCACUAAGAAGGGCUUUACGAUGUCAUUUCUUCGGCGGAUACCGGAACUCGCUUUUCUCGCAAGGCGAGUCGUUGAAGCAGAAGCAAAGCGACGAGCGAAGGAGGAGCGAGGUAAGACGCGAUCAGCUAAGACGGCGGGUUCGACAGGUAUCAGGCCAAACGGCGAUCGCGGGGUCAGCCAGUCGACGAGUGCUUCUUCCGCCCCCACCCAAUACCGGACUGCGAAGUUAACACGACAAGGGAGUCAAGACAAGGAGAACGCCGUGCAGGAUCGCGGCAGGGAUCCUCGCGUCAGAGAAGCAGCCACGUGCCCGAAGGACAUGGCAUUGAAAGAUAACCCUGGCCCGAAGAUGAAGCGUCUGUUCACGUUCGCGAUCCGAAAGCUGUACGACGAGGGCAGCAUCGUGUUGUGGGACGGACCCACGCAUCCAUAUGCUAGCAAGUAUGGGUUUAUCCCACCCAAUGAUCGGCUGUGGAAGGUCUCAAGCAAGAGUGCUGCCUCGACGCAAAUGCUCAGUGACAGCCUGUCGUUGUCUGCGACUUUCAGCACGACUCGCGACUCGGCUUCGAUGUCUUGCUCUGCGAUACCUGAUAUGGACCUUUGCCUUCGCGAAAUUGAGGGUGAACUUUCCGAUCCUGGGGAAGAUGAAGAAGCGUAUAUUCCCCUCACCCCAACGUAUCUCGCCCCAUUGGUUGAGGAAGCUAUCGAGGUAUUGAUGAGCAGGACGAAGUCAGCUAAUACCGCCAAUGGAAACACCCGUCGCGAACCCACAAUCCACUGCCAUCCUGGGCCCACGCAAGCGCAAAUCACAUCCUUCCUCCAGCGUAAGGAUUCCCGAUGGGCGAAGAUCGGAGAGUGGUGGGUCCAUGAAGCACUGACCCUGUUGCAGGACACUGGGAAGAUAUGGCCGGUCAGUGGACGCGGCACGGAAACGCGGUGGGAGAAGUGUUUGUAG